CUCAAAUGACACACUCUCAUUUCUCAAAUUCUCAAGAAACUUCAAAAAAAAAAAACCUCUCAUUUUUCCCUUUCUCCCUUUUGCAUUUGAUUCAUUUUUUCAAGUAAAUUUUGUGUGUUUCUUGCAUGGCAGCUCAUGUUUUGGCUCAUGAGGUAGCUGACCUAUGCCUAGGCAAGCCACCUCUUAAGUCCCUUUCUGUAUCAGCAACAAUUGGUGAAGCAUUAGCUUCACUCAAAUCUUGUGAAGAAAAUUGCAUAAGUGUUUGGGAUUGUGAUGAUGGUGAUGAUCAUUUCAAGAAUGUUGAUGGAAAUUGCAUCUGUGUUGGGAAAAUUUGUAUGGUUGAUAUAAUAUGUUUUCUUUGUAAAAAAGAGAAUGUUAAUUCACCUUCUUUGGCACUGAAAUCACCUGUUACUGAUUUGUUACCUAAAGAUUCUAUUCUUGUUAAGCAUGUUCAACCAUCUACAAGCUUACUAGAAGCCAUUGAUCUCAUUCUACAAGGAUCUCAAAACCUUGUGGUUCCUAUAGAGACCAGAUUUAGCGGCAGCUCACGAAGGAAAUUGCUGCAGAAAUCAGCAUCGACAAAGAGUUGUACCAUCCACAAUGGCCGCGAAUUCUGUUGGCUAACUCAAGAAGAUGUCAUUAGAUAUUUCUUGAGUUCGAUUGGGUUUUUUUCACCUCUUCCAACAGCUUCCAUCGACGCCCUUGGCAUCAUUAGCAAGGAGUUUUUAUCGAUCGGGUAUCACUCGAGUGCAUCAUCAGCCACUGAGGCUAUUUCUCGAUCCCUCGUGGAUCAGACAUCCGUGGCGAUUGUGGAUGAGGAUGGCGUCUUGAUAGGAGAGAUCUCUCCUUUCACGCUUGCUUGUUGUGGUGAGACUGUGGCUGCAGCCAUCACGACCCUAACAGCUGGUGAACUCUUAGCCUACAUUGAUUGUGGAGGGCCACCAGACGACAUCGUGAGGGUCGUGAAGGAGAGGUUGAAGGAAAGGAAUCUUGAAGGUAUGUUGGAGGAAUUCGAGAUUGAUCCCUCGGAUAUCUCCUCCAACUCAUCGUUAUCCGAUGAAGAGUACCCUUCCCCUACCUCCUCAAGGUCAUCAUUUGGAAGGUACAGCAAGUCUAGUAGCUAUUCCGCAAGGAUGGUGAGGAGGGCAGAAGCAAUCGUGUGUUAUCCGGGAAGCUCUCUCGUGGCCGUGAUGGUUCAGGCGAUUGCGCAUCGCGUCAACUAUGUGUGGGUGAUUGAAGAGGAUUGCAGUGUUGUUGGCAUUGUCACAUUUGCUAACAUGUUAGAAGUUUUUAAAGAUCAAUUGGAGUCAAUGAUGUUGGGACAUUUUGAUUAGUAUUAGUAGCUUUUCAUAGUGAGGCAUCCCUAAAAUCUUGUAUGAUAGAGGCAGUAUGAUCUUGUGAAUAUGAGAAUGUACUUCUCUUUUUUGAACUUUAUGUUGAUUGUAACUUUGUAAAAUCAUGGUACUUUUUUGUUUCAUUUCACUAUUUGAGUAUCAAUCUUCUGUUUUAGUAGGAAUAUAGAAGUAUUGCUUUUUGAGCUUUGUGGUCAUUGUAACUUUGUAAAAUCUAGGUACUUUUUUGUUUUGAUGUCACUAUUUUGUAUCAAUGAAGGGGAGCCAAUAAUUGUUUAA